AUUAUUUUAUAUAAAACGAUAUCGAAGCCCGGCUAUUUGAAUUAAGUCUUCGUUGUCGACUAGUCACUUGUUCAUACCGACCUUCUGCUAUUCUACCCGACAGUCAAGUCUCUUCAUAAUGCCUUCUUCAAAACCUAAGCCUUCCGAAGUUGCGGCGGAAACGAAGCGACAUUAUAUCCCUGUCAUAAGAGCGGAAUACGCCCGCCAAUGGCCAACCCAUUCGUAUCUGUUCCAGCAGCCGCUGGCGCAGAUUCCGCUCCAGAGCUCAAUCAGCGGGUUUUCUCCAUCCCCUCCGGAAUUUUAUGUUUGCUCAGGGGAUCCUGUCGACUUUGCCAUCGAUUGGAAAGAGAAGGUCAACAUUCGGAUACCAUUUAUAUGCGCGGCGAAUGACAAGAGAGCCGGCGGCGACUGGGAGACGGGUGUAGUGGGAUACGAAGAACGACUCUGUAGACGCAGUAAUCUAUCGGCAACACUUAGCACUCCCGGUCCCGGAUCUGAUGUCGAGAGCAACUACCCCAUCCCGUCCGAAGGGGGCAUCUAUUCUGAGUUUGUCGUGGUAUUCCGUGGGCCACACGACCAAUACAAGAAACUAGACCAAUGGUACGACCUUCCGGUAGUCUCGAUGCCGGCGGCGCGCUGGCCCAAGUUAAGCCACGGCGGUUCCAAAUAUGCAUUCCCACUGGAGCGCGAAAUGGUUAGGAACAAGAUCCGCGCUGCUCUGCGCAUCUGCGUCUAUUACGAGCACCGGACCGUCGUUAUCGGCGACUUCGGCCUAGGUAACGGACACCGCAACCCACCACAGGAGCUCGCUGAGCUCUGGCGCGAAGUGUUCCUUUACGACCCAGAUAUUCGGGGCCGUUUUGACUACGUCGCCUUCGUGUUUGAGGACCAGUACCAGAGCACCGCGAAACUAAUCCUCGACGACAUUGCCAAGAAAAGCAGGGGCAGCAGUAGUCACAGUCACAGUCACAGUCACCAUUCUAGUAGCUCGAAGAGCAAGUCGAAGGCAUCCUCCAGCUCGAGCUCGAGCUCCAGUAGCGGCUCCGGGUCGACGCCAAGCGACUUCGAGAUAUUCUCGCGCGUCUUCGACCCCAGCGAGAUCCAGGGUGUCAUGAGCCGACCGGAUCCCCGAUACGGGAUUUCUAUGCUUACAUCCUGAAAAGGAAGGGAGAAGUUCUAACAUGUGCGGGACGUUGAGUCCUCGUACGUCAUUACACAGCGUCGAGUGUUAUACGAACCCGUGUGGGUGGAUUCAACCCGACGAUCCGGUCGUAUACCGGGACUUUUAAGUCAAUUAACCAAUUCAAGGGCUGGGGGUUUUUGAUUAUUUAUCGUCGAAAUUGAGUAAUUGUAUGCGAGUCUUUGGAUAUAAAGAGUAAAGAAUCGGUCGUUAUGUUAAUUAUUCAUGUAUUCUAAUCACUUACGUUGUGUUACCUGCUUCUAUCACAUAAUGAUAUAUCAUAAUAUCAUCUUAAACAA